GGCUGCCCUUUUUUUUCCUUGAACGGUGGCGUUUCUAGGCACGGCAAUCCUGCCGUGUCGCCCUCACGGCAGGCUUCCCCAGUACUACUAUAUAUUAGGGUUUAAUAGGUUUUGAACGAGUUUACCGCCGCAGAUCCGACGAGUUAGGGAAAACUCUCGCUCUGCAGCACAACUCUACAAUCUCUUUCUCCAACUCUCUUUCUUGCUCUCUACACAGAUUCACACCAAUCUCUCUCCUCCUUUGCAGAUAUGGCAGCUUUGGCACCCGAUGGUUAUCAAUUUGACACUCGUCAGUAUGACGCCAAAAUGACUGAGUUACUGUCAGUGUCUGCGGAUGGACAAGAAUUCUUCACAUCAUAUGACGAGGUUUGUGAUACCUUCGAUGCUAUGGGACUACAGGAGAACCUCCUUAGGGGCAUCUAUGCUUAUGGUUUUGAGAAACCAUCUGCUAUCCAACAAAGGGGAAUUGUUCCAUUUUGCAAAGGCCUUGAUGUAAUUCAGCAGGCCCAAUCUGGAACUGGGAAGACAGCUACUUUCUGCUCUGGAAUUUUGCAACAACUUGAUUAUGAUUUAGUCCAAUGCCAGGCAUUGGUUUUGGCACCUACUCGCGAACUUGCACAGCAGAUUGAGAAGGUUAUGCGAGCACUUGGUGACUACCUCAACGUGAAAGUUCAUGCUUGUGUGGGGGGGACCAGUGUUCGUGAGGAUCAACGGAUUCUUUCUAGUGGUGUUCAUGUUGUUGUUGGCACCCCAGGUCGUGUGUUUGACAUGUUGCGAAGACAAUCACUUCGCCCUGAUUGCAUGAAAAUGUUUGUGUUGGAUGAGGCUGAUGAAAUGCUUUCACGUGGUUUCAAGGACCAGAUCUAUGACAUUUUCCAGAUGCUACCGCCAAAAAUCCAAGUUGGGGUUUUCUCUGCCACAAUGCCACCCGAAGCUCUUGAGAUUACGAGAAAGUUCAUGAACAAACCUGUACGGAUCUUGGUAAAACGUGAUGAGCUCACCCUAGAGGGUAUCAAGCAGUUUUAUGUUCAUGUGGACAAAGAAGAAUGGAAGCUUGAAACACUAUGUGAUCUGUAUGAAUCCCUAGCCAUAACCCAAAGCGUCAUUUUCGUUAACACAAGGCGAAAAGUCGACUGGCUCACGGACAAAAUGCGAAGCCGGGACCACACAGUCUCUGCGACCCACGGUGACAUGGAUCAGAACACUAGGGACAUAAUUAUGCGUGAAUUUCGCUCUGGAUCCUCCCGUAUGCUCAUCACCACAGAUCUCUUGGCACGUGGCAUUGACGUGCAACAAGUCUCCCUUGUCAUAAACUAUGACCUACCUACUCAGCCGGAGAAUUACCUUCACCGGAUAGGAAGAAGCGGACGGUUUGGGAGAAAAGGUGUUGCUAUUAACUUUGUAACUGGGGAUGAUGAGAGGAUGCUGUCGGAUAUUCAGAGGUUCUAUAAUGUGGUGGUCGCAGAGCUGCCGUCCAAUAUUGCUGAUCUCCUCUAAUGAGGUUUUUCCUAGAUCGGUAAGUAUAAAACAUUUCUGAUAUUUUAUCGCCCAGUUUUUCAAUUGGGUAUUGCGAAACAUGUCUUACCAUCUAAGAUACUUGCAAAAAUGAUGCAAGUUUUCAAUGCGGGUAGGGUUUUGUACCCUAUGCCCUUUUUCUUGUUCUUUAUUUCUAUUUGUAGCUCCGGAUUUGUUUAGUUAUUGAGGUUGUAGGUUGGAUUGGUUUCUCUAUGGCCGAUACCCUUUAAUUAAGAAGAGGGAUGCGUUAUUUAAUUAGAGUAAGGUUCUUAUUUAA